UCGCGCCGCGCGACGUUUAGUUCGUUGCGGUGUCCCGGUCUAAUGUAAAUCGGUAACUUGCCUCUCAAUCUCGAACGCUUUCUACUUCGAACGCGGUUGUUUUCCUCGGAUCGCUCAGAUCUUGCUGUAUAACAGUUUGAAUCGCUUCGUGACGAAAUUUUCACGCGUCUUCUUCUCACUCACGAUUCGAAAUCAAAUGCGCACAAUGCAGAAGAGACCUGUGUAUCAUUUGAAGGGACUUUGAACUUUAGAAAAAUUAUUAAAGUUUCACUACGUUUAUUAUCUACUACUCUUCAAAACGCGACGAAGGUUUAGAUCAAAGCGCAUCACCAAAUUAAAAAGAAGCUGAUCAACUUUUCGCAAAAUAGAAGCAUCAUAAAGAUAAUUAAUCUAUCAAGAAACCUAUUUUAAUCAGAUCUUCCCACAUCCCUUGAUACGCAACGGAGAACCUGAUAUGCGUGAAAGUGCAGCGACUCUCGCUCCCUGAAGACAGGAAGAUCGAACCGCAAGCGGAUUCUAAACUAAGAAGAUGGCAGCUUCUGAACGCAUGGAAAACGGAAAGAGAAAUAAUAAUGAAAAUGUGUACACUUCCAAACUUCGACAAGCCUUACCGCAAUGUUGCGCGGUCGGUGCUAAAAAUUUACUUCUACUCACUUUCGGUUCAACGUUAGGAUUCUCGACAAUCCUUAUCCCGGCGUUGCAGAGAGAAGAUUCAGAUAUCAAAGUCAGCAUGGAGGAAUUGACAUGGAUCAGCAGCCUGAAUUUAUUCCUCGUGCCGAUCGGCUGUUUUGUGAGCGGACCGCUAUCGCAAUAUCUGGGCAGGAAGCGAAUGAUGAUGCUGACUAAUAUCCCGUUCGUGAUGGCCUGGCUGGUAUUUCACUACUCCAGCAAUCCCGCGAUGUUAUUCGCGGCGCUCGCGAUAACGGGCCUAACGGGCGGCCUCCUCGAGCUGAGCGGAAGUUUGGCUCACUGGAGAACAGUGGCGUUAAUCAAUCUGGCUUACCCCAUUCUUUGCUUUCUCGCAUUGUGUUUAGUACCCGAGAGUCCGCACUGGCUCGCCGUUAAAGGUCGUCUCGCGGAAUCGGAACGCGCACUGUGCUGGUUGAGAGGUUGGGUGAAUCCGUCGCAGGUGCGAGAUGAGUUUCAGGCGCUCUGCCAGGCGGUCCAGAAACCGGCUGACAGCACUGAUUCCGAUAAGGAGAAAAUCUGGCAAUCCUAUACGAAACGAACGUUCUACCUGCCGUUCAUCCUGGUCAGUGCGGCCUUCUUCAUUAGCUCCUUCGGCGGCACCGCGACUCUGCAAACCUUCGCUGUCAUGAUAUUCGCGAAGCUGAACGCGCCGAUCGACAAUUACACGGCCACGGUGUUCCUGGGUGUCGCCCAGCUGAUCGGUACUAUAGUUUGCGUGAUGUCGAUUCAUUUCAUGGGAAAACGCAAGCUUUCCUUCCUAUCGAUCAUCGGCACCGGCUUGUGCUUCCUCAUCACUGCUGUCUACAAUUAUUUGAACGAUACGGAUUAUCUUAACGGCGUCAAGUAUGCGUGGAUGCCGACUACUCUCAUGAUCGGCGCCGCUUUCGCGUCGCACUUCGGUAUCAGAUUGUUGCCUUGGAUCCUGGCAGGCGAGGUCUUCCCUGUGAAGGUACGCAGCAGUGCAAGCGGCGCGGCCGGUAUGAUCGGCUACAUUUUAACGUCGACUGCGAACAAAACCUUCCUCUACAUGGUAAACGGUAUGUCGUUAUCCGGCACGUUUCUCUUCUACGCUUUUAUCAACUUUGCCGGUCUGUGCUUUCUGUACGUGAUAUUACCCGAGACCGAAGGUAGGACCUUGAGAGAGAUCGAGGAACAUUACGCCGGUAUACAGAACCUGAAAAACAGGCCUACAAAAAAGCAACACGCGGCAAAGGAGAAAUGGGCAGCCACAAAUCCGGCAAUUAUAUACGACGAAAAUACCGAAAGUAAAUUGUAGAUCAAAUAUCAAUGAUUUACAAGUUAAAUUUUUAUAAUUAUUGACUGUUGCAUUUCAAACAUAUAUUUUGCUUUUGAUAACAAAAUUAUUGUAAUAGUUUCGUUAAAAACUAAGACAAGUUAUGCAGCUUUUUUUAUGCGCCAUAGUACAAUUGCAAUUUUCUUUUUAAUGGAGUUAUUGAUAUUAAUGCAGUCAGAGAGAGAAAGACAAUCAAUUGUAAAAAUAAAGAUUAAUUAGCAUAUUAGUUAAGAACAAUACAACAGAGACCAGGAGAACCAAAUGACUUUCCCAAAAUUUCUGCGGAAAGUUAGAACCAAUAGUGUAUCAAACAAUGUUAGAAUUAGCGUUUUUAUUUAUUAUUUUGUAUUAUUUCGUAAAGCGUAGCAGUUGCCAUAAAGUGCUUCUCGAUAUUGCUUAAUUAAUAGCAAAAUAUUCGAGAAACAAAUAUUGUUUUAUCAGCUCGGAACAUUUAUUUUUUAUUGUUUAUAAAAGCUUUAAUAUUUCAAGAAGAC